UCCGGGGGCCAAGUGGCAGCGCCUGGCCGAGCUCGUCCCUCCAGGUCCCCCCCUUUGUGCCCCGCAGCCUUGUGUCAGACGGGGCUGUGAGCUCUCCAGGGCAGGGGCUGGCUCCGUGUCCGGGGCGCCCGGCUCGAGUCACUGGCGUGUUCUCGGCCGGAACGCGGCAGCUGGUCUCUGAAGGUGGAGAAGGCGCAAACUGCAAAGCUGGAUACAGGACCUGGGCACAGACAAUAGAAGAUCAAGAGACCUCUGGGAAACAAAAAGAUUGCAUUAGCUCUUUUGGCCACAGCACCACACUGGGGACCUCAUGUUCACCUGACUAUCCACCAGGACCCCCAAAUCGUUUUCAGAGUCACUGCUUCUCAGGAUAGAGUCCCCCAUCCUGUCCGAGGAGUUUGAAACUAGUCUCCUAGGGUCGGACAAUAACAAUGAGUGCUUCAGUGAUUCUUCUUCUACUUCUUCCAAGGGUCGAGUGAGCGGGAGCUCAGAAUCUGGGGGCAAGCGGGCUAUUCGCAGACCCACUGACUGGCUGGAAAUGAGGGGAAUAAAAACCAAUAUUAAUAAAUCCUCAGAGAAGAAAGGAGAAUCACCUUCCAGAGGAAAGAGGAAAUCUGAGCGAGAGGAUGAUGAAGAUUAUGAAGAAUUUUCCAGAAAGAAGCAGAAAGUUCCUGGCAGUGUGGAGGAACAGUGGUACCUGGAGAUCCUAAAUAAGGGCAGAGUUACCUGUCCAACAUGCAGAGCUGUGGUCAGGAAGACUGUAGAGGGACUGAAGAAACAUAUGGCGAAUUGCAGACAGGAGAUGUUCACAUGUCAUCACUGUGGAAAACAGCUCAGGUCUUUGGCAGGAAUGAAAUACCACAUCAUGGCAGAUCACAACAACCUGCCAGUUGUGAAGGAGGGAGGUGAAUUAGAUGAGCCGUGUGAACGAGACCGCCUCCGGAAGGUGCUGAAGCGAAUGGGAAAGCUAAAGUGUAUGAGGGAGGGGUGUACAGGCAGCUUCACCAGCAUAAUGGGAUACCUGUACCAUAUGAAAAAGUGUGGGAAGGAGGCCUCUGAGUUGGAGAAAAUGGCCAUGAAAUGUCGUCACUGUGGGAAAGCAUACAAGUCAAAGGCAGGGCUUGUUUAUCACCUUAGGUCUGAGCAUGGGCCCGUCACUUUCCUCCAUGAAGAAGGGAGGCCUGAGAGUCUGAAGGAAAUGACCCUGGAGCCCAGUAAUGCAGGCAGAGUCCAGAGGAAAUCUGCUAAGGUGGCAGUCUAUUACCUUCACGAGCUAGCUAAUGAAGAGCUGGCCAAGGAGUGGCCUAAGAAGAAGGUUCUACAGGACCUAGUCCCAGAUGAUCGGAAGCUGAAAUACACGCGGCCUGGACUGCCCACAUUUAGUCAGGAUGUGUUGUGCAAGUGGAAAUCGGAGAUAAAGAUGUACCGAAGGGUCCACUGUCCAAACCAGGGCUGUGAGUCUGUAUAUGGCAGUGUCUCCGGACUCAAAUCUCACCUCAGCACCUGCACCUUGGGAGACUUCGUGGCUGGGAAAUACAAGUGUCUCCUAUGUGAGAAGGAAUUCAUAUCCGAGAGCGGGGUCAAGUAUCACAUCAACUCUGUGCAUGCUGAGGACUGGUUUGAUGUGAAUACCACUAACAAAAAAAGCUUUGAGAAGCUGAUGAAAAUCCGCCAGAGAGAAGAUGAGCAGAGAAAGCAGCGAAAGAAGCGUACUGCAGCCCGGAGCAGGAAGAAAAGGCCUGGGACUGUAUCUGCCAAGAAGCUCCUUGGGGCAGGGGCCGAGAGAAGCAGAAGGAGGAGUAAGCGGGGGCAUUCCCAGCUGGGGGACAAUGAGAGCAGGAGCAGCGAGGAGGAGGAGGAGGAGCCCCAAGCUGCACAGAGAGCAGAAACUCCAAAAACCAUCCGCAAACGGGGCAGGAAAUAGAUCAUUGGAGGCAGAGGAGCCAGGAGCCCAGGUCAUGGCACAGCGUCACUCCCUCCCGUGGACAGUGGCACGAGCAGGGUAUCCAGUGUAGUUUGUGCCCUAGUUACAGGCUGAGUUCAGGUUAUGUUAGUUGCUUAUUUAGUGAUUUUAAAUAUUUUAGUCUCUGCUUUUGUUGUCCUCCUCUUAGGGAUCCUCAGCUUCGGUGAGGACAGGUUUCCUUGGUGGAUCUCUCGCACUGGCUGUGCAGGUCUCAGUUGGGGGAGUGAGUUCCUUUGGGGGAGUGUGUGCAGAUCCUGAGCAGUUUCUGGGGUGGGGCACAGAUGCUCUAGCUUGAGCACCUGCAGCCCAGUGCUACCUCAGGUGCUUAAAGGGGCGGCCUCUGAGACUCAGACACUGAGUGCUGUCUCCCCCUUAGGUCAUUGCCAUAAAGCACCAUCCCUUUACUACACUAAUCUCCAAACUCAGCACUGCCCAGCAGUUUAGGAACCCAGGCCUGCCUGAUGGGGUAGGACAUCACCCUGCCAAAAGCUAGAGUGUUUGCAGUGGGCUAAUGUACCCUUCAGCACCUGCCUCCUUUACGGCUGAGCACUGACUGGUCCCUAAAAGUGGGGAGGGAGCGCUUCCUCCAGUCUGUGGCUAGAGACCAGCUGUCUGUACCCUUGCCUUGCAGAGGCACGUGGCAGCAAACUUGUCUGCCAGCACACUACAGUCUGGGGACGUGUGAGAUCAGUGCGGAUGGCUUGUGCUGUGUUAUAGGUUCACACUUCAUAGCAGCCACCCCCCACCUGCAGGACAGAGCUCAUACACAGUAGCAAAGCACUGCGUAUUGCUGCCAUGGGGUGGCCUUGCCCUAGUUUGGUGUCCUCAUUCCCUCUCAAGUCUUAGGUGCUGCUUCUCCUUGUAAGUGAGCUCUGCAGGUGCCUUCUCCCCUGAGCUAGUUGUAGCCUGCUCCUGGGAUUGCCACCUUUCCCGGGACAAGCCUUAGGUAAUGGGCCUUCCUGUGUGUUGGUGUCAGGGCUGGAGGGAGGGGGUCCUGUUUACCUGUUGAAUUAAGUUUUAAUUUAGCAUAUGGUGAGUGUUUUGCCAUGUUCCACUUGUACAGCAGGGCCAGUUGAGACCCAUACCUGCGUAACAUCUCUGGCAGGCUUAGCCACCCCCAUUCUCUGCUGAGUAGAGAGGGGGCCUGCAGGAUUUCUGAUGUCAGAUCACAUCCCCUGACAGGGAAAACUGCAGGAUUUGAUGUCUCUUUACCCUCUCCUCUUGUCCUGCUACAGUUCCCUGUCUCAGCUGGCUCUUUAGUUCGAUACAUGAGGAUUCAGUUAGCAGGAUCUGGCACUCAACAGUACCCUUCAUGUCUUGCUGCAGUGGAAGCUUCCACUUCAGCCAAAGUUGCUGGUGCUGAAAUUCACAGUGGAUUCCCUGAGGUGCACAAGGCACAGACAGACCUAUUUGUGUGUUUGUUUCUAGCAGUGAUGUUUGUUCACCCAUAUAAUCAAAUUGCCUUUGUGGCUGGGGGUAGGACCCAAGCUCUCCCCAGCCAUGGCCAUUUUACAGAAGUUACACCCUAAUGUGUGUAGAGUGAAGCAAAUUACCCCCACUCUUGCCUCAUACAAACUAACACCCAUGGCGAUUGUUGGACUCUGCAUGCAAUGCUCCAUUCUGAUCUAGGUGCAGCAGCUGCAUUUCAUGCUGGGACCUGCAGCUGUCAUGGAUUGCAGUGCUGUAUUAAAGAGGCAGGUUUCUGGGCUCUUCUAUAGAGGCUGUGAGAUGUGUGGUCAGAGCAGCAGGAUCAGGAUCAGAACAAAAUGAAAUAAAAUGUCACCAGUGCAAGAUUGUGAUUUCUUGUUUGUUUGGUGUAUAGUGUCUUUAGAAUCAUCCCCACUUUAGCAGUAUGGGGCAGAAGAGUGCAGAGCUGCCUGUCUCUGGGCUUGUUGUGGGUGGCAAUAGGACGCAUGCCCUUAAGCACUGAGGGCAAAGAGCACUCACUUUCAGUUUUUCAACCACUUCUCUAUCCAGCACUCCAACCCUUCUCACAGCCUGUUGCAUUAAUGUAGGUGAAAUAUGUGGGCACAAAGAGUCAAAGGCAUAUAUUAGGAACAAAAAGAAUUCUAACAGUGGUGUUGGUCCACUAUUAGAUGGAAAUGGUAGAAUUAUCAAUAAUAAUGCAGAAAAGGCAGAAGUGCUCAAUAAAUACGUCUGCAUAUGGGGGGGGGGGGAGGAAUGAUGUAAUCAUAUCAUAUGAUAACACUUUUGCCACUUCACUAGUAGCUCUGGAGGAUGUUAAACAGCAGCUAUUAAAGUUCGACAUGUUUAAAUCAGCAGGUCCAGAUAACUUUCA